AGAGUCUUUGUGUUGUGUAGUUUCCUCCUCCUCCUCCUCCUCCUACCUACGAUCGAUCUGCAACAUAAUUCAAACGGAUCCGUGAGGUUUCGUUAUCAUCGGCUCGAGAUGCAUCACUGGGUUCAAGCUUCUUCUUCCGAUUUCAGUGGAACUCCUCCACAGCCACGGAGUGGGCAUACAGCUGUCAAUGUCGGGAAGUCCAUGGUGGUGGUGUUCGGAGGUCUCGUCGAUAAGAAAUUUCUCAAUGACAUAACUGUUUAUGAUAUUGAGAACAAACUUUGGUUUGAGCCAGAAUGUACUGGCAGCGAGUCAGAAGAAGGACAAGUGGGUCCUACACCGCGUGCAUUUCAUGUUGCCAUCACUAUUGAUUGCAAUAUGUUCAUCUUUGGUGGACGUUCUGGUGGCAAGAGGUUGGGAGACUUUUGGGUUCUAGAUACAGAUAUAUGGCAGUGGUCUGAGCUGACUAGCUUUGGUGACUUACCUACACCUCGUGAUUUUGCUGCCGCUGCUGCUAUUGGGAACCAAAAAAUCGUUUUGUGUGGCGGCUGGGAUGGCAAAAAGUGGUUGUCAGAUGUAUAUGUUAUGGAUACAAUGUCCCUUGAAUGGAUGGAGCUUUCGGUUUUGGGUUCAUUGCCACCUCCUAGAUGUGGCCAUACGGCCACCAUGGUUGAGAAACGGUUACUUGUUUUCGGUGGCCGAGGAGGUGGUGGCCCAAUCAUGGGUGAUCUGUGGGCUUUGAAGGGUCUGAUAGAUGAAGAGCGUGAAACCCCUGGAUGGACCCAACUAAAGCUUCCUGGUCAAGCACCAUCAUCUCGAUGUGGUCAUACAGUUACAUCUGGAGGGCAUUAUCUUCUGUUAUUUGGAGGACAUGGAACUGGUGGAUGGCUGAGUCGUUAUGAUGUCUAUUAUAAUGACACUAUAAUUUUGGACAGAGUAACCGCUCAGUGGAAGCGCUUACCAAUAAGCAAUGAGCCUCCUCCUCCUCGAGCUUACCAUACCAUGACUUGUAUUGGGGCUCGUCAUCUUCUAAUUGGUGGUUUUGAUGGAAAAUUGACCUUCGGUGAUCUCUGGUGGUUGGUGCCCGAAGAUGAUCCGAUAGCCAAUAGGUCAUCUGUACCUCAAGUUAAAAAUCCUCCUGAAAUCAAGGAGUCAGAGAGAGAAUUGGAUAAGGAAAGGGGACAAGAGGGAUUCAGUAUUGUUGAUUUGCAAAAGAAAAUGGGAAUAUCUGUUUCAUCAGGGCUGCGUUUUCAAAUUCCCGAGGAGUCAGAAGAUCAAGAAUUAGUUGAAUUAGGAUCAAGAUUAAUCGAGGGAGAUGUAGUUGAUGAUCGGGUCUUCAUGAUUGAGAUGGCAGCUCAAGCACUUCGGCAGCAUUGGAAAGAGUCCACUCCAAUAACUUUACAACUAAAAGAGCUUGGUUCCUUACUUCGAGAUUAUCAGCGACUGGUUACGCGAAAACACAUAGCACAGAACAGCUUAACAUCUACUGACUUUGGCCUCCCCGGAACGAAGACCUUUACGUUUUAUCAUAUCAAAAGUUCGUCCGAGUUGCGGAUUAACGAUAUCCCGAAAUUGCUGGAAGAAUACAAAACCCUUCUAAUCUGAUUGAGGAGCCGCAACAAAACUCACUAGGAGCAAAAUCAUCUUUAGAGGAAUUUAAAUACAUACAUGAUGCCAAAACCUCAAACAGGCAAACAGGUUUCCAUGUAAAAGGUAAAAUCCAUUAUCGCAAGGACCCAACAGUCUGGUUGAUCUCAUCCAGCUUCUUCACCCUUACUCUUUCACUUUCAGCCAGUAGCUGCCAAGAAGAUCACCGAGAUUACGAUCAGUAUUUCAAGUGCAAUCCUUAUAGCUAAAAGUCUUAGAGAAUCAGAUCUGUGAUAGGGUACGAUUGAUUUACCUCCAUUAAGAUUGAAACAAGGUGAGCUUUCUCUUUGUUCUUUUCGUCAAAAGCCUCCAGUACCUCUUUGUAUUCCUUCUCCUAUCAUAUAUUUAUCAUCUGGUGUGACUAUUGAUGAACAUAAAAGAGUUGUAGAGGUAAAAAGAAGCAGGAUUGUUAAUAAAGACUUAUAUAAAACCUUC